UUCGAUGUCAGUACGCAUGCGUGAAUUGUAUUCGAUGGUUGCUCGUGUUCACUCUAAGCAUAACCUAUCUUUUAAAACGUUUUUAAAGUUUUGGAUUAAACUGUCAGUAAGAAUGGCUCAAUAUACUUUUUUAGAGCAGAUCGCAAUAAUUUUUAUCGUAGCGAUACUAUUGCUAAUCACGAAAAUUGUGUUUAAUAUAUUUUAUACUUACGUUGUUGGACCGGCAGUCAAUAAAGUGGAUUUCAAAUCACAAGGAAAGUGGGCUUUAAUCACUGGAAGUACAGAUGGAAUUGGAAAAGCAUAUGCCAUAGAGUUGGCUGCCCGUGGCUGUGAUAUUAUUUUGGUCAGCCGGUCCAUCGACAAGUUAAAUGCGACAGCCAGUGAAAUAGAAAAUAAAUAUAAAGUAAACACAAAAGUAAUACAGGUGGACUUUUGCGAUGGAGAUGAAAUUUAUGAUAAAAUAUCGAACGAGAUUAAAGACCUCGAGAUCGGUACGUUGGUGAACAACGUUGGAAUCUCCUACAUUUACCCUGAAUACUUCCUGGAUUUACCGGACUGGGAACAGUCAGUCAACAAAAUGAUCAAGGCUAAUAUAGUAGCUAUCACUCGGAUGACUGGACUUGUAUUACCAGACAUGGUAAAACGAGGCAAGGGUGUGGUCAUCAAUAUUGGUUCGGGAUCGUCCAUAGUACCGAGCCCCCUCCUAACCAUUUACGCUGCUUCAAAGGCUUACGUUGAAAAACUAUCCGAGAACCUCGAAAUGGAGUACAGUAAAAAAGGAAUCAUAGUACAGUGCGUGCUCCCCGGUUUCGUCUGUUCCAACAUGUCAGGAAUACGACGAAGCACGAUACUGGCUCCUACAGCGGAAACUUAUGUCAAGUCUGCCAUUAAUCUAGUCGGAAGUACCUCAAAGACGCCUGGCUAUUUUCCACACACUAUAUUCUUCUGCAUCAUAAACAUCAUACAUGAUGUCGCUUACAGUUUCAGCGUUUGGUUGGUGACUAGGAACAUGGAGACCGUACGCAGGAGAGCAUUGCGAAAGUACAAAAAACAGUAAUUAUUUAUUUUAAUAGUAAGAAUAAAUGGAUUAAAUGUGAAAUUUUGUUUGUUAAUAGUAUAUACAAUCUGUAAAGAAGUACAUGUUUCAGUUUUUCCCAAAUUCGUCUUUCUUAUCUUGUAAACAAUAAUUUUCUUUGUACUUGCUCUUAAUUUUUUUUUUUAAUAUUUAAAGGCUGGAUUCAAUAAGUUUGGAUGAUCAAUUUCCAAUUAGUACCUAUUAGCAAAUUAAAAUUUGACUUAUCUGUUGAAAAUACGAAAAUAUUGUUUACAUUUUAAGAAUUUCACAAAAUUCAAAAGAAAUUAGGAUUUGCAAACAAAAUAAAAUAGUAAUUAAAAAGCAUACAGACGUGGAAAAGUUGUUUUAUAAGCUACUUAUAAUUAUUUCUUUUUAGAUUACGCCAAUUUAGUCAUUGUAAAUACUUCGUAUACCAAAGGCUUUCAAAGGUUUUUAGCAUAUGGGUGUAUAGUUAUAGUAGAUAUUUUAUAAUUUGCCGUAGAAAAUGGGAUCCCUAUUAGAAUAAUUGCUUUGUUAUAUUUAAUUAAAUUGGUUUUAAAAAAUA